AAGAAUCCAAAAUAUAGAAAAAGUCGAAACCUAUUAUUCUUGUCUUGAUUCAAGAAUCCAACCAAAGCCCAAAGAUGUAACCCACCAAAAUUCUCAAAGGCCAAUCACGCCACAGGCUUCAAAUUUCUAAAACCACCAAAUUGCAAUAAAAUCUUAGGGAACUUGCGGUGAGUAGCAGGAUAAGCCCCAUAUGCUGUGACUAUCAAAUUAAAGCUUAAAGAAGAGAGAUUUUAGGAUCAGAAACUUUAGACAAAGAGGUUUCUGAACUGGGUUUCUCUCAAAAAUGGCUGAAACUUGUCUUAUGGCUUCUCAUGGCUAUCCGCCUUGGCUUUUAUUCCCCCCAGAACAGGGCAUAAGCAGGUUUUCCAAGGAAAGUCUCCCUUUUCUUCCCAGUCCUGGAGCAACCCAAGAUAUGGUGAAGUUAAGUUGUGCUAGCCUAAAGGUGAAUCAGAGACUGGAUUUAUGGAAACCAAUUAGUAUGUUAUUGGCGGGCAAUCACUUUGUCAGAAUCCAAUCAACUAUUAGGCGGCCAGAACUCGUAGAUGUGCAAGACACUCAGUUGAACUCGGUGCUCUUCAGCUUUGGUAUUGCUGAACAAUGCACAAGGCAGGAGAAGAUUUGGAAGUACCUCAUGUCUGGUUCAAAUGAUGCAGAAAGCGGUGGAAUAGAUACGUCUAUACUCUUUGAUCUUGUGGGGCCACUGGCACAUGCGGUGGACAUGCAUCGACAACAAUUUGCUUCUUAUCUUGAACAACAGUCUCAUGAUGCUAUGUCUCAGCCAUCUCUUGUUUAUCCAAGUUGUUCACUCCACCUCUGGGAACCUUCUUUAAAUGCGGUAAGCGACCUAGGACUCAGGAAAACACUUCAUUCUAAUAGGCCUCUAUUAGUUAAUGGUGCUAGUGCCAGGGUUGAGAUGAAGGACAUACUUGCUAUUAUCUCUGAGUUCUACUUGUCAAAGGACUCAAUGAAAUGCACAAAGCAAGCGAUGCUGGUUCCUUACUUUGACAGAUGCAGAAUGUCAAAGGCUAAAGGUGAAAGUUCUGCUCAGAAGCUUGACGUGAAUGCAGCAUCUAUAAGCAGUCCUCAGAAAACUAAGUACCAGACAUCAACCCAGAAAAGAAGCAACAAAAAGGCAGUUAAAGAGCAAGAUAUUUACAGAAACAAUUAUCUCCAUGCAUGCGAAAGCCUUCUGUCCAUAAUGGUUGACAAGAAACGGCAUGGGAAAACUGCAAUACUUUCAUUGAAGAAAUCGGGGCCUCAACUACCUUACAUUCUGACCAAGUUCUCAGCUAGCAUUGCUGGAACCGGCAUAGCUGUCCUUUUCUCUGUUGCCUGCAAACUAGCUUGUGGUAGAAUUGCCUUCUCUACACCUAAACUGUUGAACACUGGUUUAGGCCUUGGACUUGUAUGGCUCUCUUGGGCUGUCAAUAAUUUGAGGGACACCGUUGUUGUAAUCAACAGAAGUCCAGGCAAGUUGGAUAUGGUAGAAGAGGACAUGAUGAAUAAUCUGGACAAAAAUGUGAAGGAAAUCUACUUCAGAGCUGCAACUUUGUUAGCAGUUGUAGUGCUGAGGCUUGCUUGAUUUCAAGAACACAAGAUUUAGAGUGUAAAGAUCAGGGCAACUUGGGGAUGAUAUUAGUAGUAGCUGGUUUUGGGACGUCCAAUUGUAAUAUAGUAUCUGAGCAGACGGAAAUGGAUUUUAACUGCACCAAAUAUAUAUGUAGUGAGUAACAUAGCUCAAGCUUUUUCUGCUCAUCAGUUUGUGUUGUAGCGGGUUGUCUUGUAAAAUGAUUUGAAUAAGGUGAGCACAAGAGUUUUGAGCUAUUGGGACCAUAAGAAAGAGUUUUGACAUUAUAUUCAGGAGCCUAGUUUUAAUACAUUCAGACGAAGUUGCAUAACUUA